GAGCGCACCAGUCGGGCAUCAGCUCAACAAAAGGGAUGCCGGCUCUGUAGACAAACAGGUACUACCUUGACAGAGUAGUAGCCAGUACUUGGAAAAACAACCAGAGAAAAUUGUGAAAUGUUGAAUUUAGACCACUUGAAUACUUUCAGCAUGAAUUUGGGAUAAGUUCACAGAACCUGUGGACAUAUUGUGGCGGUUGAUUAAUGCGUGUGGAUAACUCUCGGUUGCUACAGCGGAUGAUGUCCCAAAAUGAACACAGAUUUACAGAAGCGACUCCAAGUUCCCCGACCAAAGAUCCGGAGUCACCUAACGAUCAAGGUGCAGUCCAAACUGAUGUCAAAGCCUUGUCCCUCUACCCGGGGUCCCAAACCUCCCACCGCUGCAAUGCCCAGACCCUCCUCAUCUGAGACAGAGGCAGAGGAGGAGCAAUGCCCCCCUCACGGUCUGAGCAAUGGAGACUUGACCUCCUCAGAGGGGGAACCUAAGGACCACAAGGAAGGGUCAGAGGACCCCAUACCCCACUCCACAAAUCACAACCAGGAGGAAGCAGCACCAGAGGAAAUCCUUAAUGACAUCACAGAUUAUGGUGAGAAGGAGAAUGAGCAAGAGGAGGAUGAGAUAGAGAGAGAGAACAAGGCAUCUGAAAUUGAGAACACUGGUUCAUCUGACACUCACAUUGCUGCAGAGGACAAAAACUGUACAGCAGCAGAUGACUUGAACCCACCUGAGAGUAACAAUGAUGGUACAUCUGUGGACCCUGAACAUCAUCCAGAGUGUGACAAUGUGUUUCUGUGUGAGAGAGGAGAUGAGGAAGGGGGGGGAAUCAAAGCGGAGGAGGAAGAUAAUCAGAGUUUUGCUGAGGAGACUGAAACAUCUGAUGAACCUAUAGGGUACCCAGAAGAAGAUGUUGAAGAACCAGACACCGAAGAUCAUGAUCAUGGGACCAACCCUAGUCAGCUUGUUGCAGACACUGACAGUGGGCUUGAAAAGGAAGUCAGCUCCCCUGGUGGUGAAUAUGUACAGUGUAAGGUACCCACUGAUGAGGCUGAAGAGGAAGCAGAGGAUCUCUUACUGGGAGCACACUGCUGUACACUUCCACCCGUCGGCGAGGAGUAUCCCUACGAUGUGAUUGGCCCCUCAGAUGAGCCUGUUUACACAUGUGACACUGGUGAGCCCGGUGACACAGGUGUGUGGCAGCCUGAGCGUGCCACCAAGGACCCCUCUGGCCAUUUCCGUUUCUCUGGCAGCACUGAGGAUGUGUUUGGGCCUUACUCCGUCAUCGAGGCGGUGCCUGCUGACUGGAUGAGCACCGCUGACCCUGAGGUGAAUCACGAUGAAACAUUCUGUGGUGACAAACCACACACUGCAAAGGAGAUGGACACAGCAGGCACCUCUAACCAAGAGCCUUAUUAUUUGUCAUCAGACGAUGUGGAAGCGCUAGAGGAUAAACGGAGAGAGAGUGAGGUCCAGGACACUCCUGAACAAUCCAGCCAACACAUAGAAACAGCCAUGGAAGAUGUGGAUGAAUAUGCAGACAUCGAUGACUCCCUCUGCCCCGAGGCCCAUGACUUUCAGCAGCUGGACGGUGCCUCAUCAGAGGACUAUGUGGAGAUUGGGGACGAUGAUGAGACGGAUGACAUGGAGAGGAAGCAGAUCAGAGGGAGGAGUGUGAGAGAGAGAACAGCCAAGCGUGAGCAGGCUUUCUCCAGCCAGCGGAACAGCUGCCAGCCCCGUCUCAGGCUGUGUAACAUCACAGUGCCAGCAGACCUGGACCGGACACGGACCCCAGAGCUCACCAACAGGGUGGUAUUCGCCCACACAACAGAGGCCUUCGAGGAGGACAUAGAGGAGCUAGACUGCCACAUCGUACCUUAUCAAGAGGACUCAGACUCAGACAGCGAGGAGCACAUCUAUGAGGAGGCCGGCUUUGACUCUGAGGGGGAGAACUUUAUGUCUCUGGACCGGAAGAGCAUUGUGACGCGGUCGCGCUCCUACUCUGGGAAGGUUUCGGGUUAUGUCCCUGAGACGGUUCCUGAGGAGACAUCAGAGUACCAGAGUACUUAUGACUACUGUACUGUGGCCUUAGACCAGAACGGAGAACCUCUGCGACGUCCUGAGCAGCCUGAGGUCAACAGACUCAUCCCCUCUCUGAAGCCACGCCACUUCUUACCACACCCAAACUCAUACUCCGCAGAGGGUCGAGAACUGUCAUUGGGAGCUCACACAGAGGCCGACCAAUCCCUGAAGGAUGAUGGCAGGAUGAAAAGGACAGAUGACACCCUCUCUCUGCCAUGUUUUAGCACUUCUUCCGGAAGCUUCUCUCAGCGAAGCCACCAGUCGUCCAGCGAUGUUUCCAUGCCAACCUCUCUGGUGGACAUCCCACCUCCCUUUGAGUUGGCUUACAUCACCAAGAGACCGAUUACUAAGAGCUCCCCAUCCCUCCUGAUCAGCGUCUCUCCUGAGUCCACAGACAGCAAGCCCAAGAAGAAUAAGUCCUCAUUCAAGCGCUUCCUGGCCCUGAAGUUCAAGAGGAAAACGGACACUAAAGGCUUUGGUGACGGGAGCAUACGCUCCUCGCGCUCCUCCUCUGAGUCCAGCCACCAUGGCCCAACGAGAAUCCUGGAACUGGAGCGCAGGAGCACUGGCUCCCCUCAGCCCCAGUCCCAGUCUCGUAUGGUGAAGCCCCAGCAGCGCCCUCCAGACCUUCCCUCCACCUUCCUGCUCUACAAAGACCUCAGGAAAGAAGACCCUAAAGCCUAUGGUAGCAGGGGCGUGUCCAGGGUGGAGUCCUUCGAGGAGCGCUCCCGCCGCCCCCUCAUGCCCCUCCCCCUGACCAAACCCCGCUCCAUCUCCUUCCCCAGUGCAGACACAUCUGAAUAUGAGAACAUCCCAGCUAUGAGCUCUGACUAUGAGAACAUCCAGAUCCGUCCUGGCGGCAGACCUACCAGAUCCAUGAAAGUCACAGAUUUCUUUGAGGACCCCAAACGCAUAGUGCCCCCCUCUAAUGACAACGAUGGCUAUGUGGAUAUGAACAGCUUCCCUGGGAUCGACAGCAAACCCCAGUCACCUGAGCAGGAGCCUGAGAGUGCCUACACAGAGCCUUUCCCAAUGAACGAUACUCCAGCAGGGCUCUCAGCUGAAGAGGACCAUGGACUCACCUCAGAGGAGGAGGAGGGAGGAGUGGAGCAUGGUUUUGACAAACAGAUUGAUGGACGAUCCAGAGCCUUCUACGUCGCCAAAGAGCUGGUGGACUCUGAGAGACUACAUGUAAAGGCCCUAAAGCUCCUUCAAGAGGACUUCAGGGCAGCAGUGUCGGAGGCGGUGGGGGAGGAUGGGGAACCUGUGGUGGAYGAACAGAGGCUGGGGGAGAUACUGGGCACACUCCCUGAGGUCUACAUACUCCACAGCAACAUCCUCACUGAGCUGGACUCGCGCAUCAGACAAUGGGAGGAGAGCCAGAGGGUGGUGGAUGUGAUCCUGUCUCGACGGGAGGAGUUUGCUGUGUUUGCUACCUACAUCUCUGAGUAUGACCGGAGCAUGUCCCUACUGGCAGAGAGCUGCAAACUCAACCCUGCCUUCCAUGACAUCGUCAAGCAGUUUGAGAAGCAAGGUCCAGAUGGAGCUCAGGUCCAAUUGAAGCACCAGCUGCUGCAGGUCAUUGUGAGAGUUCUCCAGUACCGCAUGCUGCUCACAGAUUACUUAAACAACCUCUCCCCUGAUUCGAAAGAAUAUGAGGAUACACAAGCUGCCUUAGUCAUCGUUUCAGAGGUGGCAGACCAGGCUAAUGAAAAUCUCAAGCAAGGGGAGAAUUUGUUGCGGCUGGUCCACAUUGAGUACAGUGUCAGAGGCAAGAGAGAUCUACUCAAGCCAGGAAGGGUGUUUGUGAAGGAAGGCACUCUAAUGAAAGUUUCAAGGAAAAGCAGACAGCCCAGACACCUAUUUCUGAUGAAUGAUGUGAUGCUGUACACCUAUCCUCAGCAGGAUGGUAAAUACCGGCUGAAGAACACUCUUUAUCUGUCUGGGAUGAAGGUCAGUAUACCCGUCAUAGACAACGUGCUCAAUGCCCUGAGGAUCGAGGUGAAUGACAUCAGCAUCACCCUGUCAGCCAGUUCCUGUGGUGAGAGGGAGGACUGGUUCCACACGCUGAGUCGGGCCAUAGCAGAUCAUGCUGCAGGCCUGUGUACUUURGGUGGCCCCUGCAGUGAGGCACGUGAGAAGCUGUGGAUGGCCCUGGGGGAGACAGCUCCAGUGCUGGUGCCCGUGACUCAUGUGAUGAUGUGUAUGAACUGUACCUCCGACUUCAGCAUGACCCUGAGACGCCAUCACUGCAACGCCUGUGGGAAGGUGGUAUGUCGUGCCUGCUCCAGGAACAAGUAUCCUCUGAAGUACCUCAAAGACAGGAUGGCCAAAGUUUGUGACCACUGCUACGCUGAGCUCAGGAAGAUAGGUGUCAGUAUCUCAGGGGCGUAUGGUAACUCCAGCCCCUGCACCCACCGGGCCAGUCGGCCCCUCUCAGCUGUGUUCCAGAGCUUCCAGCCCCCAAGCCUGUGGAGGAGCAGGAAGAGCACCUCUUCUCUCAACCAGGUGGUGUUGGGGGCUGAGGGCUCGGCCAUGAGUGGCAGUCUGCAGCGGCGUAAGAAGAGCAAGAGGAAGUGGAAGAGGCUGUGGUUCCUCCUCAAAGACAAGGUGCUCUACACCUUCACAGCACGUGAGGACAAGAUGGCAUCUGAGAUUCUGCCCCUGCAGAGUUUCACAGUGAAGCUGACAGAGAUGCCGGAGGGAGAGGAGAGCUCCAACGUGUUUCAGCUCUACCACAAGAAGACACUAUACUACACCUUUAGAGCAGACGAUCAGCACACUGCCCGCAGGUGGGUCAAUGCCAUGGAGGAGGCCACAGUGUUAUAACACCUGCCUGUCUGCACAGACCAACGCUGCUGUGCAUCGCCUAUCGACCCACUCUCUCUUUCCUGGUGUCUUCUGUGCAAAACCAUCCUUGACAAGGCUGCCAUCUACAGGCAGAAUGACAUACAUGCAGACUGUGUGUGGGGCAAACAUCCAAGAGUGAGCCUCUUAAGGUGAAACCUCUCAGUCGAGUACAGUGUAUACUCAGACUGGGUCAGUUCCAAACUCACUGCAGGACUUUGUUUAGGUCAGCAGUGGCGAACAGGACCCUGAAGAAGGACGAAACGUUGGUUGCUAGACCCAUUAAAUGUUUGGGAGCAUAAUUAAAGUGUUUGACUUUCUUUUAACACAAAUCUUCUGAGAAACUACAUAGAGCCAGCUCAAACACACACAGGUCCCUGUGUCAAAAGACCACAACUGCAUGCCACAACUGUAAAACUCCUAGACAAUGUGUAUCAAAAUGUUUGAUUGACAACCUUCAGUGCCAGUGCACYUUCACACACUUGUCUUUUCUGACACUCUUUGUCUACCAUGAACUUGUACAUGGAACAACUUUGUAUGGGUUCUGUUUUGGAUAGUGCAGACCGCUGUACAAACAAUACCAAAUCAACAUGCUGCCCUACCAUGGCAAAACGCAGUAACUACGUCAUUUUUCUGAAAUGCAUUUUUUUUUUUCUAUCGAGACAGACUGCAAUUUCUGAUACUCCAUGAUAUAUUCUGAUCAAUUGGCUUGUUCUUGUGUCAGGAAACGAAAUAACACAUUAAUCAGAUAAUAUACAGUACCUGGCCAUUAAAACAGAUCAAAGAUUUUUUAUCAAAAUUCYUAGUUACUGCGUUUUGCAUUUGUUGGUCAGUAUAAACAGCUUUGGUAUUGUAUGGAGACGUUAAUGUACUGUAAGAGACGCAUCGUAUUUUAAAUAUAGUGUAAUAUUCAAUUCACACAUUUUGAAGUGAGGUAUAAUAAGUAUUUGUACAGCAAUGUUAUUAUAUGUCUUUACAAGCGAAAGCCAUUUUAAUCAUAUCUUGUCCAAUGUACUCUCUGUGAACAUACUUAUUUUACACCACAGGUGUGUAAUAACAAUGCCAGAAUGUGAAAUGUUACAGACAGUUUUAGUAUUAUUCAACAAAAGAUCAUCUUGAAGUAUAUUUCAUAGCUGAAUGUAUAGUUUUUGAACCUUUUUGAAAGGGUGGUUACAUUUUUGAAGUGCCAACAGUUUCCAUUUGAAUGCCAUGCCAUGUGUUAUGGAUAAACGAAUGUGCAUAUAUCAAAUGAUAGUCUUUAUGGGAACGMCUGAAAAGUAAAUGGUAAAACAAAUCAAUAAAUAUCAGUUUUAGCACCAA